AAUCGGUCGACGAAGAGGGAUAUUGAGUAUAGCCUGAAAAGAUUAUUAAAUAUUCAGGUGUUUGAGACCUUGUUGAAUGACCCUCUGGGACGGUAUCGCUUUCGAGAUUGGCUGAUUAGUGAAGGAGAGUCUACAGCUCGAUGGAUAUGUGGCUUGAUUUGAAUUACCAUGCGAAACUGCUGGACGAGCUGAAUGAGAGUGCAGAGGCUCUGUACGAUAUCUAUCUCUCUCAUGGAAGUUCACACAGAGUAAAGCUCCCCAGCCUAUGGUUCGGGAGGUGGAGAGUGUGAUUCGCCGCAAGCUCUCAAGACCGAAUUUGGCGUUGUCGUCUCCUCAGCAAUAUCUCCUGGAGAGCAUGUACAGCAAUGAGUUCCAGUCUUUUGUAAAGCAAAGGUUGAUUGAACAAGCAGAGGUCAAACUUGGUCGACACAAAGUAGCGAACGCGGAUGGACUGGGAGAUUGCUUCUGUUUAACUAAUCCUCGACUUCCUGAUCACCCAAUUGUCCUUGUGUCGGAUGGGUUCAAUGCAGUCACCGGCUACCCACGGAGUCAGAUUGUUGGGCGAAACUGUCGCUUCUUGCAAGGACCGGGCACUUCACCCGAGUCAGUUCAACGGAUACGGGAUGCUCUCAACAGAUCGGAAGCGUGUACUGAGUUAUUGUUGAAUUAUCGACGAGACGGGACACCGUUCUACUGCCUCCUUUGUAUCAUACCCCUCCGAGACCAUAACGGUAAUCUUGUCUAUUAUAUUGGUGGUCAGACUAAUGUGACAAGUGUGUUCGCUGAGGAGACAUGGUCAUGAUCUCCUCGUCUUCUCACUUCCCAGUCAGAUCCAUGAUGGACUAUAGAGGCAUGGGACUGAGCCAGUCUCACACAUCUAAAACGUCACUUAACUCCCCUUGGUGCUAAAAUCGGACGAUUGUUCAA